AUGUCUUCGCCAGCUUCGCGUCGCGGGCGCCCUGCGAGAAGCACAGCGUCUUCGACUCCUCGCUCGACUAGAUCUCAGCAAGUUUCGAGUACCCCUCAGUCCAACGCAAACGGAUCACAAACGACUCCACGCGCGUCCAGGCGACUUCAGAAUGAAAACACUGUAGCAUCAUCAUCUCCCUUAAUGUAUCAAUCAUCAUCACCCGUGCGUGGCGAGCAGACGAGAAUGAAUAUCAGCUCGCCCAUCAGAGAAUCUUCGGUUGCAGAUGGCGAGACAACGCCCSGAGCCACUCGGACUGGCAUGCGAGACUCAUCGCCGAUCCGUUACAUGUCCAGCUCAAGCCCACCGCGAAACAACAACCGUCAGGAUAUUCGUUCUGACAUACCCAGCAGCAGCAGUGGUCUUUUUGUUGGAUCAUCUCGCCCAGAACUUUCCGGCUACUCACGCAAUGUCUCACGCCGCGGAGAUAUUCACUCAGAUAAUUUUGGUAGUACACCGUCAGGUCGUCGGAGAGUUUUUGUGGACGCAAAUGGUAUGCCGGUCAAUGAAGAGCAUACUCACUCUGAUGCGACGUUUACCAAUCUCAACCCCGGCACUUCAGAGGCAGAUGUGCUCGGUGGUACCUCCACACGUGUGAUCUGGGGUACCAACAUCUCCAUCCAGGAUUCCAUGUCCGCAUUCAAGAACUUUCUAUACAACUACGCCAGGAAGUACCGCAUGUGGGCCGACGGUGCUACCGAGGACGAUACGAGGGCAAUGGGUGAUGCUGCAGAGGAAAAAGAAUAUAUCACCAUGCUGAACAAUAUGCGAAAGCUGGGCGUCACCGGCUUGAACCUUGAUGCGAAAAACCUAAAAGCAUAUCCUUCAACUCUGAAAUUGUGGCAUCAGUUACAUGCAUAUCCACAAGAAAUAAUCCCACUUAUGGAUCAAGCAAUCAAAGAUGUCUUGCUUGAAUUGGCCAUGCACGAAAUGGAUACCCUCAGAAGCCAGGCCCAGCGAAACCAAACACGGACACGAGACAGUUCAGCGGCGCCUGUGCCAAGCUCAGAUGCUAUGAGUGAGACGGGUCGUGCUGCUCCUGAUAAUACGCCCAGUCUGGUCCAACAAGUAGAAAGCAACACAUACAAGGUCCUGCCAUUUGGCUUGGACAAGUCUGUCAAUAUGCGAGAACUGGACCCCGCAGACAUGGACAAACUCAUCAGUAUCAAAGGUCUGGUCAUUCGCACAACUCCAGUAAUUCCCGAUAUGAAAGAAGCUUUUUUCACUUGUCAAAUCUGUAACCACAGCGUCAGGGUUGACAUCGACCGAGGAAAAAUCAUGGAACCCACUUUUUGCCCACGGGCCCAGUGCAAAAGCCCUAACUCAAUGCAAUUGAUUCACAACCGCUGUGGCUUUGCUGACAAGCAAGUCAUCAAACUUCAAGAGACUCCCGAUAGUGUUCCAGAUGGUCAGACUCCUCACUCUGUCUCUCUGUGCGCUUAUGAUGAACUGGUCGAUGUCUGCAAAGCUGGUGACCGGAUCGAGGUCACUGGCAUUUUCCGAUGCAAUCCUAUGCGUGUGAACCCCCGCCAGCGAACCACAAAGGCUCUUUUCAAGACGUAUGUGGAUGUUCUGCAUAUUCAAAAAGUGGACAAGAAGAAAAUGGGCAUCGAUUUGUCGACUGUAGAACAGGAGCUCUCGGAACAAGCUGUGGGUGACUCUGAGCAGGCUCGAAAGGUCACAGCAGAGGAGCUCGAGAAGAUUAAAGAAACAUCGCGGCGCCCUGAUGUCUACGAAGUUCUAGCCAGGUCUCUGGCGCCAAGUCUCUACGAGAUGGACGAUGUGAAGAAGGGAAUCUUACUUCAGCUGUUUGGUGGCACAAACAAGACCUUCCAAAAAGGAGGCAAUCCACGUUAUCGUGGUGAUAUCAAUGUUUUACUCUGUGGUGAUCCCUCCACUGCCAAGUCACAGCUACUUCGAUAUGUCCACAAGAUCGCACCUCGUGGAGUUUACACGAGUGGAAAGGGUUCUUCUGCCGUUGGUUUGACGGCAUACGUCACUCGAGACCCUGAAACUCGCCAGCUUGUUCUCGAAUCGGGCGCCCUUGUCUUGUCAGACGGAGGUGUCUGCUGCAUUGACGAGUUCGACAAGAUGAACGAGUCCACUCGGUCAGUCUUGCACGAAGUGAUGGAGCAGCAGACUGUAUCUAUUGCCAAGGCUGGUAUUAUUACUACACUAAAUGCACGUACCAGUAUUCUAGCCUCUGCCAAUCCGAUUGGCAGCAAGUACAACCCGAACUUGCCUGUUCCACAGAACAUCGAUCUACCCCCAACUCUACUGUCGAGAUUCGACUUGGUAUAUUUGGUCCUCGAUCGAGUCGAUGAACAAGAGGAUCGUCGCUUGGCCAAGCAUCUCGUUGGCAUGUAUCUGGAAGACGCUCCUGAAACUGCCAGCCGAGAGGAAAUAUUGCCUAUCGAGUUCUUAACAUCAUAUAUUACCUACGCUAAGACGCAAAUUCACCCCGUUCUCACCCAGCCCGCGGCUAAUGCUUUGACGGAGGCGUACGUCGCUAUGCGCAAGUUGGGAGACGAUAUUCGAGCUGCAGAGCGUCGUAUUACAGCUACUACGCGUCAAUUGGAGUCUAUGAUCCGUCUCUCAGAAGCUCACGCCCGUAUGCGUCUUUCUACCGAAGUAACAGCAGAAGACGUCGAGGAAGCCGUGCGACUCAUUCGGUCCGCACUCAAACAAGCCGCAACGGAUGCACGCACCGGUCUGCUUGAUAUGAGUUUGCUUACCGAGGGCACCAGUGCCAGCGAGCGUCGUCGCCGUGACGACCUGAAGAAAGCAGUCCUCAGUCUCGUCGAUGAGAUGGGUGCUAGUGGCACGGCGCCCCGUUGGACAGACGUGCUCAAAAGACUCAACGAUAACAGCAGCAUCGAAGUCGAGGGCACCGAAUUUCAGAAUGCGGUUCGGGCUCUUGAGACAGAGGGACUGGUCAAUGUCACUGGAGACCAUGCCCGACGAAGCAUUCGACGAGUGGGCGGUGCGAUUUGA